AUGGAUGGGCAUGCAUGCAUACCCUGCACUCUUCGAUGUAGAGGAGGUAGAGAUAAUGAACAUGCAAGAGAUCUUACCGAUGAGCCCAAUGUUGCAGUUGUUGAUGAUGUUCAGACAAUAGUUGAGGAGGCUGAUAUAGAGGCUACUGCUCUGGUGGAUACAGAGGAGACUACUACAAGUGAUAUGGAGGUUACUCCUCCGGCUGAUAUGGAGACGACUACUCUGACUUUGACGGAGCCAUCUAUACACAUUGAUUAUGGGUUUCUUUGA